UAUAGUCAGAUCCAGUUGAAUACCUCCGUGUGCGCGGUACGCGUUUGAGGUGGAGUAUAUUUCAGUGCCUUCGAUUACCUGCGUUGACUUUAAUUAUUCGUCGCCUGUCAGUUGGGAGUUGCGGGUAACUGUAUCUUUCUGUUUCCACUGUUAAAACACUAGUAUGUUCAAAUCAACGACGAAAGAGACGUGAAAGCAAAUGUCACCGUUUCUAUAACCACCAAUGUUGUGUGACGUACAUACCUUUCAUGAGGCAUACUACGUAUUUGUAAUGAUCGGAUCUGUAGAAUUCUCGAAAUACAGUCAACUAAUAGAAGCUUGGCUUUAUCCCAAACUCACAGAUACAGAUUUUUUAGUUCGUAUUAUAUAAAAAAAAAGUUAUCAAAACAUGUUGAACCGUGUUCAAUGUGUACCAAUUUUCAUGAAACUUCACGAUGUCGGUGCAACUUUCAAUUGAUCAUUGGAAUAACUAGUUAAUCCUACAGUGACAAUGCCAAGUACUGUACCCACUCGUCCGCUUUAUUGUGCCACAUGUUUCGAAGAUUUAACGAGCCAAGCAGAAGUUAAAUUCGAAAAAAAAAAUCCUAAGAUGGUAUGCAAAUCUUUGGGAAAAUUACUGGAUGAAGGAAAGAAACACAGAUUGACUGGAGAUGAGGAAAUGGCUUAUAUAGUUUAUACGCGAUGGAUUAACUGCAUUCGCUGGCUCCGAAAAACGCCUGAUUUUACAGAAAACAAAGAUUUUCUCAAGCCUUAUGUUUCGGGGUCUAAGGUAAAGGAGAUACUAAGUCUUUUGGAGGAAAUUGCUGACAGAUUGAAAAACAGGUAUAAGGUGAAACGAUUGGAAGAGAAUACUAAACAGAUACCGAAUACUGUUGCAAAGGUGAUAAUUGAAAGCGAUCACAUGAACGAUGAUGAUUUGUUAAAUGAAGUUGGGGAUAUCGAGCUGAAUUUACCCGACACACCGACGGAUGACCCAGAUACCAAACUGACUGAAACGUCGAUAACAUGCAUCGAGAUGUUUCAAGAAAUGCAAAAACUGGUUGAUCGAAUAAUAAUAAUUGAUAUUAGACCGCGAGGAGAUUUUCAAAAUUCACAUAUCAGAAGCGAUCAAUGCAUAAACAUUCCAACUGACCUAAUAAAGACUGGAAUACUAGCUACCGAUCUUUUUAAACGAUUGAACGAGGAUGAGAGAACAUGUCGAGUUAUUCGGCACAGAGCUCGGGAAUACUGCGAUCUGAUAGUAUUGUUAGAUUGGCAGUCCACUAAAGCCUCGUUACAAUCAACCAAUCAAUUGAACGUGCUGAGGAAUACACUGCUUGAUUGGGAUCCAGGUGUAGCUUAUAAGAGGAUAGUUGUGCUGCACGGAGGAUACAAAGAGUGGUUAACUUGUUUCCCUACAUUUACAACAAAUCCUGGUGUAAUGCCCCCUGAUAUUGAAGAUGACAGCAUGGCAGGAAUCUUGGAGGAAGUUGAAUACCCAGAGUGGAACCAAUCGGACGAAGACCAACCAAUGUCAGAAAUAAAGGUUAAGCAGAUUCCGGCGAGGAGUUUGAAACCUAUGUUAAAUGAGAAGAAAGAUUCGCAAAUUAGAUAUUCCAAUACUUUGGAUAAUCGAAAUAGUGAUCGAGUAAAUACUUUAUAUAGCAAUAAAAAGAACAGCAAAUACUCUGCUACACCGACUGGCACAUUAAAAAUCCAAGCAGACCCUAUCGAUGAUCAGCCAAAAGCUAUAAUUUUACCAAAAAAGAUUGCAGAAAUUUCGCAUCCAAGCGGUUUACGAGUCAGCCAGAAUGAUGAAGUACAAAGUAUAAUAAUUGAAUCUGCAGAAAGCAACGUUAAAAAACCAACAGUCGAUCGCAGUAGUAAACCUAACAUUGAAAAAACCUAUGAUUUGGACUCCGAGAAGGUGCUAAACUUAUUAAGGGUCAAACGUGAUACAGUAAACACUCAGUUGAAAUUGGCAAAAAAAAAGUUAAGGUUGGAGAGUCAGUUAGUUCGUAGAGAUAAUGACGAUGUUAGCACGCAACUGGAGACUGAAACAUCGAAACAAACCCUAACCAUAAAUGAGGCUAUGAUUGAAAACAUGAAACAAAUCUCAAGUAUUAAAGAAGCAUUAGACAGAUGCAAACGGGAUGGAAUCAAAGUGAACCCUAAACAUCACGACGAAGAAGUUAGACUUGAGCUUGAUAUUGGCGUUGCUGAGCAGGAAGCCCAAUAUCUGGCCAUUGAGCAAAGAGUACUUGUAAGCGAACGGGAUAAAAAGCUUGAAGAAAAUGAAGAAAUGAAACGUAAAAAUAUGUCUACUCCACCAACUGCUAUUGAAAAGGAUACGAAAAAAACCCCAUUAAAACAGGAUGGACAGAUAAGGAACAGUGCUCUUAAACGAUCAUAUUCUAGUCCAAACCUCGUGAAGUUGGAAACUCGUAAUGAGUCGGCGACCCGAGGUCUUGACUGUAAAACACCGCAAGUGGACAGAACAUCAAAGCCUCUGGUACAACAUCAACAUAAAAAUAAUAUUAUGAACAAUACCUUUAUCAACACUCAACCUCUGAGAAGGGAUCGGGAACAGAGGAUGAAUCCAGUGUUCGGAAACAUGCAUCCUGGUAUAACUGGACUCAAAAACCUUGGAAACUCUUGCUACAUGAACAGUAUAAUUCAGUGCCUGAGUAACACGACUAGCUUGGCAAGAUAUUUCAUCCACGGACUUUAUACCGACGAUUUAAAUACAAAAAACAAAAAGACCCAAGGCCAAGUUGUUGAAGAAGUCGCGCAAGUGAUCAAAGCGCUUUGGUGUGGUCAUUAUCGAAGUAUAUCACCCAGGGAUCUCAAGGUAGCAAUUGGGCAGUACAAAAUGCAGUUCGAGAGUUAUGAACAACAAGAUUCUCACGAAUUUUUAACAUUCCUGUUAGACUGGAUGCAUAACGAUCUCAAAACGAAGGCAAAACCGGAAGUAGAUCGCCUGAUUAGUAACGCAGACAAGGAAUGGGAUAAAGCUCUGGAUGGUCAAACUUCUAUAAUAUCUCAAUUGUUUUUCGGUCAACUCAGAUCCACCAUCAGCUGUGCUACAUGUGGAAACAGCAGCACAACCUAUGAAAGUUUCAACAGUCUGACAUUAUCUCUUCCAGACACCAAUCGAUGUACUCUAGAUGACUGCAUAAGGAAGUAUGUAAGCGGACAACGAGUUUCAGGAUGGAGAUGUCCAAGCUGUAAAACUGCAAGAGACGCGACAAAAAAGUUUGACUUUGUUAAACUGGCACCGAUAAUAGUAAUUCACCUAAAUAGGUUUGGCGAGACUGGUGGAUGGAUACAAAAAAUAAAUACUGCGGUCGAUUUCCCCCUUGUUUCACUUGAUCUAAGGAGUUAUGUGGCAUACGAUUCUGGAAGUAACAUUACUACACCAAACUCUUAUCAACAAACUUACAAUUUGUAUGCGGUUUCGAAUCAUUAUGGAACUAUGGAUGGUGGCCAUUACACUGCCUACUGUAACAGCGCUUCGCAAAAUAAAUGGUAUAAAUACGAUGAUCAUACUGUGCGAGAGGUACCGCCGAGUGAGGUGAAAUCACAAACUGCAAGUGCUUACUUACUCUUCUACACAUCUGUUCGAAAUUCACCUUACAUAGGUCUAGCGAAACUCAUAAUCCACAGAAGUAUGUACAAUAACCUACAAAAAAAUAAGAAUUGCGGGCAUUGGGUAUUUAAUGGAACUGAAAAAAAAUGUCCACAGUCUCAAUACGAACGGGUUAUCUUACCAUAGAAUCGCAGGUUAGUUAUAACCUUAGUUUCUGUGUAUUGUCAUUACUAAACUGAUUUGGGAAAAGUAGGUACACGCCGGUUAGUUUUAAUUUUAAAAUCUGUAUAUUCUAAUUACUGAAACGAUUCUGGAAAAGUAGGUACACAUGGAGUAGCACAAAUGAUUGAUCUCAUAUGAUUUUGUCAUUGAGACUUGCAAAAAAGAAAAGAUGUCCAACGCUAUUAAGUAGCAGAUGCCCACUAUGCAAAUUUUGCUGAAAGUUUUUUUCAUAUCUUUAUAAAUUAUUUAAAUAUAGAGAUAACAUUGAAGAUGUCGAGUGAGUGAAAAAAUUAUUUAAUUAUUUUUUUUAUUUCUUCUGCUAAACCCUACCGUCCCAAAGAGAACAAAAAUGGAAGAUUCAUGGCGUUGCAAAGUUUAGUGAAAAUCAAUACUCUUCUGAACCACCGACUUUUUUGCCAUACCUACCUGAUCUUAGUUAUAUAAAGUAUUGAUAAAAAAUUUUAUCCACUGAAAGGGAAAACGCAGUCUAGUCUCAACUAGUACUUAAGGGGAGUGUCCCAUCUCUGUACGCUACAGUAAGAGUUGUUUUCUAAUUCGAAAAAAAUGAAACUGCAGUGCAAGCAAUUAUUUCCGAAUUUUCAACGCAUGUUUAUUAUUAAAGUAAAACCGAAUGAUAUUUUAUUCCGCACACAUGUGGCUAUUGUUCGAUGAAUCAGUAAGUCGACAAAAUUUUUCUUAAGAAAAUGGUCAAUUGCCGAACAAAUUUUUUUUACAUGUUUAUUGAACGAUACCUACAUGUAUGAGAACCGAAAUGCCGUUUAUUUC